CCAUUUAUUAAACAGCAGUUGAUUUCCGAGGUGAGCCAAGACUCUUUUGUGGUUAUGUUCGACGAGAGCCUUAACAGAAGUACCAACAACAAACAAAUGGAUCUGCAUCUUCGCUACUGGGCUAGUGAUCGCGUUCAGUCUCGAUAUUUCGGCUCCCAGUUUCUUGGACAUUGCACAGCUCAGGAUUUGCUCCAUAAUUUUAUGGUGAGUUAUGUAUGCGCAGUCUCUUAUCCUGUCAGCGUUUAUGUCUGAACUAAUUUUAACAAUAAUUGUAACUGUUUUACAGAUCAUGGUCUAGAGCUGCACAUUGAAAGAUCUCAAACUCUAUUCAAAUAGACAUUCAGAUCCAGAGAGAGCAGUUGACAUGUAUGAAACAGCUUAACAGUCUUUAGCUUCUUUAUUCUGUUACAAUCACUCAAAUAAUAAAAGUACUGGGAUAACGGUUUAUAGUUUAGGAUAGAAACACUUGUCUAUGGUAGUAAAAAAGAUAUCAUUGCAUAAUUAGGCCAAUGGGUGGCGACAAGUGACAGGUAAAAUUAUUUGUCACAUAUUGAAAAGAUUCCUUCAAAAACACAUAUUCAUCCAGUAAUGAAACAAGUGAAGCCUCUGAGUGAAUGAUUCGUUAAAGUCAGUCAUUGAAUCAUUCAUCCAACAAAUUUAUAAAUAAUUUUUAAUUAGACUGAAGCAAUUAAAGUUUUGUCAGAACCACUUGUAUUACAUGUUAUUUUGCGUUGUCUGUUUUCUUCUUUUGAACCAUAGAAGAACUGUGAUCACUAUUUAAAAAAAAGAGGCUCAAUUUAUCCAGAAUCGUGCAGCUCUGUCAUGGUCUGAACAUGUUAAAAGUCUUGAACCUUGUAUGUUUUUUAGUACUUAUGUAGUAAGGAUUGACAAGCCAACAUAAUGAUUGUUUUGAAAACUCAUGAGAGCUGACUUCUCUAUUCAAUCCAUUAAUUUUUGAUGGCCCACUUGUGAAUAGCCUGGGGUCUAUAGAACAGAAACAUUUUGUGACACAUCCUAUAUUAAGUUGGCAUUCAGAUUUUUUUACUUCCAGGAGUGCGUGGAGAAACUGAAUUUACGAAAUAUGGUGUAUAUAUCAAUGGACGGGCCAAAUGUAAAUUGGAAGUUUUUAGAACUCCUUCAACAAGAACAAAUGGAGCAAUUUGGAGGAUCACAGCUAGCUGUUGUUGGAAGUUGUGGACUCCACACUCUGCACAAUGCCUUCAAACAUGGCUUUGCAAAAUGGCAGAUAGACAAACUGUUGAAGGCUUUACAUUCACUGUUUAAUUGUGCUCCAGCAAGAAGAGAAGAUUUUUGUUGUGUGACCAAGUCUUCUACAUUCCCUUUACACUUCUGUGGUCAUCGUUGGCUGGAAAACUUACCAGUGGUUGAAAGAGCUGUGGAGAUUUGGCCAUCCAUGGAGACAUAUGUAGAUGCAGUCAAAUCUAAGAAAAUUCCAAACCCUGGUUCGUCAUCCUUUGACACCAUUGCCGCUUCACGAGAGGACCCCUUGAUACUUCCAAAGCUUCAUUUCUUCAUGGCUAUGUCAAGGACCUUUCAACCAUUCUUGGAGAAGUAUCAAACUGAUCAGCCGGUCAUGCCUUUCCUACACAAAGACUUAACUGAACUACUGAAGAGUCUUCUAAGACGCUUUGUCAAAAAAGAGCUACUGGAUGUCUCUGUGGUUAAACUGGCCAGAUUAGAUGCAACUGAUGUGCAGACCUGGGUCCCUCCUAAAGAUGUUGACAUUGGAAUAGGUGCUUCCUCUGUCCUUAAGGCCCUUCUUCAGAGUAAAAGCAGCAGAGUAGGAGAGCUUGCUGUAAUGAUGUUUAGGAAGGACUGCAUAACUUGCCUGUCAAACAUUGUUCAGAAAGUGCAGGAAAGGAGCCCACUCAAGUAUCCUUUGGUCAGAUACACAUCAUGUUUGAACCCAAACCAAAUGAACUCAAACCCAGACAUGUGUCAGAAGUAUAUGACACAUCUUGUGGAGAAGUUUCUUGAGAACAAGCAGCUGCCUGGCGGGAUCUCAGCUGGUGAUGCAAUAACCCAGCAGUUUGGCAGUCUACUUCAUAAAGCCAAAGACGAGUCUUUUGUCUCUUUCUGUCCCAUGAACCAACGGCUUGACGAAUUUUUACAUGGUGUCAUCUGUGGAUCUUACAAUGAGCUGUGGAGCUUCUGCAAAAAAGUCCUCCUUUUGUCUCAUGGUCAGGCAACGGUCGAAAGGGGAUUUUCUGUAAACAAGGAAGUAGAAACAUGGAACAUGAAGGAAGACACAGUAGUUGCACACAGGCUGAUCUGUGAUUAUGUCAGGGUAUCAGGUGGAAUUUUGAAUGUGCCUUUAUCAAAAGAGUUACUGAAUGCAGCUAAAUCUGCAAGAUCAAGAUACAGACUCCACCUGGAUGAGGAGAGAAAGAGAAAAGCCAAUGAACUGCAAUGUCAAAAGAGGAAGGCAGCAGAGGAAGACAUUCAGCAACUGAAGAAAAAAAAGAAAACAUUGGCUGAUGUUUGUUCAUCUCUGGCAAAGGAUGCUGACCUCUAUGCUGAAGAGGCAGAAAGGAAGUCCAUAAGUCAGAUGGCACAGCUCAUUAGCAAAUCAAAUGCACUGCGAAGACGGUUAAAAGAUAAGCAGAAGGAAAAGGAGGAUUUGGAAGAAGAAAUUGCAAAGAAAGUUGUUAAACUUGGCCACAUUAAUUAAUGU